CUUUACAGGGUAUAUGUGUAUAGAGAUCAUCCCCCUUGAAAUGAUACAUAUCACCUGCAAUAUUUAUAUAUCUGUCCAAGUUAAUGUAUAUUUUAAAAAUUGUUGCCCAUUCUCAAUUUAAUAUUAUUAAAUAUUAACUCAAUUCUGACAUUCAUAAACACAAUCUCAUUGAUACAACUUAAUUCAGUAUCACCUGUGCCAAGUAAUAGGGUACAGCCUUUUGGAAUAAUUGUACAGCCUAGGGAUAGUGGCAGGUAGCACUUUUUCUAAAAGAAGCAUAGCACCUGUCUCUAAUUAUACUUGUUGCAGCCUCUAAAAACUUUGACCCUCUUCAUCUACAAUGGUAGCCUCCAUAGAAAAGUGUUCUCUGAGAUUGUCCUUGAGAAUGAACAGGAAAUUCAGCUGACUUAGUGGCACAUCUAUUUGUAAAUUGGGCAGCCAUAUAAAUUGACGAAAUAAAGAAACAAAACUGAAUUGGAGUGCCUUGUGAUUGGUUUAGCCAUAUCAGGACUCUUCAUCUUUUGCCAGGGAGUUCUUUCAAGUCUCCAGAAUCUUCAAUUCUAUGGAAUCGAAAGAUCUGGCAGCUUAAAACUAUAUUUUACUGUUGCUCUGCCAUCCUUCCAGCCCAGGCAAGUGAUCCCCAUGCUGGGAGAUGGCAGAUGAAAAGGGAUAACUAGCUGUUUUCCCACCAGGUUCAGUCCCACAGAUCACCUGUAGCAGGAUUAGAAAUGGAGAGCCUUUGAAAGAGCCAGCUCUCCCAGACCAAGCCUAACAGGUGAAGAAGGAGAACCAGCUUUUCCUCUCCAGGUUGCCAAGUAGGAAACUGGUAGUUAGGAAAGAACCAGAUUUUUUUUCUUCUCUUACUGCCAACUGUCCCUGUGUUGGUAACCUAUAUAUUGAUCUCCUUGUGAACUUGAAUACCAUUUGACCAGUAUUGGGGUGUACCAUUUGGUAACAGAUAAAGGUAUUGGUCUCCCAUCCUUCAAUGCCUGUCAGCUGAACUAGUCCCUAUUACAAAGCCUUAGGAAUCCUUCAUAAAUCUUUCACAUGAGUAGAGAUCCUGCCAUUGUUUCUUAGAACAGGGGUGGAUAGAUUCCAGUAUUUCCAUUAUGUCAAUCUUUUGUAGAUUUUAUAUUCUCUUCCUGGGAUCUUUCUAUCUAACUAAAAUAGCACAGUUCUGUUUUCCCUCAAGCCAUCAUUUUCUAUAUGUGUGCAUGCAUUUUCUCUUUCUUCCCUCUCUAAAUCAUUUCUGUUUCAAUAAUUAGCUUAAAACAGCCCUUAUUAAUCUCAGUUUCUGCCUUAUCUCAUGUGCAGUCUUGUUGAAGGCAUAAUGUAAUGAAAUUUUCCCUAUUUAAAUUCAAUCCAUUUUUACUAAUGGAGCAUAUGACCAGAGGUUGUAACCUCAAGCAUUCAGACUUGUAUAGUUACUCAGAGCUUAAUUUGUCCAAUCUCUUAAUUUCUGACAUAUGCACAGACACGCAAGUACAUACGUGUUUGCUUCGGCUAGUAAGUAGGAGGUUGUGAUUCCUGUUCUCAAAACAAAUUACUACUGUAGUUCUUGAAACUUCUGAACAAUUAUAUAUGAAAAGAAAUGACUAAGAAAUUAGCAUUUCUCCUCAACAGACUCUGCUUUUUGUUUUAAAAGGCUGUUCUGGAUCAUUCUUUCCAUUAGGACCUGGAUAGGACGUUUCCCUUUGAAAACAUUUGGAGUUUAUAUGGAUACUCCACAUUGAUGAACUUUUUACAGCUUUAAUUUUAUUUAGGCAGUUUUGUUUUUUUUUAAGAGAGAAGGAGGAAGAGAGCUUUUAUCUUCAUAAAGGACUGGCUUGUGAUGAAGUCAUGCUGCUAUUUUUCAUAUGCCAGGGAACAAGUUCCCUGUUUGGGGAGGAGCUGCAGAGUAAUUAAAUGAUUCACCAGUUUCUGUAGUGAGCUGCCUUCCUUGAAACUUAGUUUUAUAACUUUCAGGCAUCAUAGGUGGAUGAGCUUUCGGCAGAGCCAGUUGUAGGCAUGUUGGUGCUUUGUCCAAGUCAUGCAUUGGGAACAAGUCUUGCGACUCAGGAAAGCCAAGGAAUCCUAGCUGAAGUUACUAAGAUCGAACGAUUAGAUGUAAGUAGCCUAGCACAAACAACUAACGCAGUGGCAACAAGCACAGACUGCAGUAUCAAUGCAGAUUCUGUUGAUGGAACACCAGAUCCACAACGCACAAAAGUGGCCAUCACUCAUCUGCAGCAGAAAAUACUGAAACUCACAGAGCAAAUCAAAAUAGAGCAAACAGCCCGGGAUGACAAUGUAGCCGAAUAUCUGAAAUUAGCCAAUAAUGCUGACAAGCAGCAGAGUGCCCGGAUUAAGCAGGUGUUUGAGAAAAAGAACCAGAAGUCAUCCCAGACAAUCCUCCAGCUGCAGAAGAAGCUAGAGCACUAUCAUCGGAAGCUGCGGGAGAUUGAACAGAAUGGUAUUCAUCGACAGCCCAAAGAUGUCUUGAGGGACAUGCACCAGGGGCUAAAGGAUGUAGGAGCAAAAGUCACUGGCUUCAGUGAAGGAGUAGUAGAUAGCGUUAAAGGUGGAUUUUCCAGCUUUUCCCAGGCAACUCAUUCGGCAGCUGGAGCCGUUGCUUCUAAACCUCGGGAAAUUGCAUCGCUCAUUAGAAACAAGUUUGGAAGUGCCGACAAUAUUGCUAAUCUGAAGGAUGCUUUGGAAGAAAGUCAAGAAGACGGAACCGGAGGAAAGACUUUAGGUGUUCAUAACUUUCAGUCGAGCCCAAAAUAUGGCAGUGAGGAAGACUGUUCCAGUGCUACAUCAGGCUCAGUGGGAGCCAAUAGCACUGCAGGAGUCCAGUUGGGAGCACCAAGCUCCAGAUCAAACACUCUGGAAAUGCAAAGCUCAGGGUUUGAUGCGAUGUUGCAUGAGAUUCAAGAGCUCAGAGAGGUUCAAGUACGACUGGAGGAAUCCUUUGAAGAUCUCAGAGUUCACUACCAGCGAGAUUAUUCCUUGAUAAUGCAGGCUCUACAGGAAGAAAAAUACCGAUGUGAGCGACUAGAAGAACAGCUGAAUGACCUGACUGAACUUCAUCAGAAUGAAAUCCUCAACUUAAAACAAGAAUUGGCCAGCAUGGAGGAAAAAAUAGCUUACCAGUCCUAUGAGCGAGCCAGAGACAUCCAGGAGGCCCUGGAAGCCUGCCAGACCAGAAUCUCCAAGAUGGAACUGCAACAGCAGCAGCAGCAAGUUGUCCAAUUGGAGGGCCUUGAAAAUGCCACUGCCAGAAACCUUCUGGGCAAACUAAUAAACAUCCUUUUAGCUGUGAUGGCUGUCCUGUUGGUGUUUGUCUCCACCGUGGCCAACUGCGUGGUCCCCCUGAUGAAGACUCGCAGCAGGACGUUCAGCACUUUUUUUGCCAUGGUCUUCAUUGCCUUUCUGUGUAAGCACUGGGACGCCAUUACCAGCUACUUGGAACGCUUCUUUUCACCCCCCACAUGAUGACAAGAACAGGCCGUUGCCUCGCCCACUUGGCAAGGAAGUGCAUAAACUUAGUCGGCAGUUCCUUCCUCCACUGAAGAUGUUAACAUGUCCGAGUGUGAAUUUGUUUACAGUUAAAAUAAUAUUUUCUCUCUGAGACAUAUUGGCAAUAGUGAGGGUUUUUUUUAGAAUUUAUUAAAGAACUUUUUUUUGUCAAAAAUCCUGAACAUUUUUUAUGUAGCACGAUUCUCUUUGGAUGCAAAUCUUAAUAUUCUGUAUGUGUACAGAGAUAAAACACAAAUCUGGAGCACACCAAUGAGCAAAUUAAAUUAUGGCUCAACUACUGUACUAAACCUGGUCGGAAGAGGAAAAGACAAUUACAUAAAUUCUAACAAAGAUAAUCCGGUGCAUAACGAUACUCUGAUUAUCCUACAAUGCUACUGUGAAACCUGACCACAUUCUGUGUCUGAAUGUAUAGCUUCAGGAUGGCUUUCUCUAAUGAAAGACCAAUGCAAUACAUGGAACUUUCUGGAUCUCUUCCUGGGUUUGCCUCUUCUGCUGUUAAACUUUCUGGCUAGAUAUAUGAAGUGGAUUAGUUCUACUGUGUACAGUUCCUGCACAGUUGUACUACAGUAUUUUGAAGUAGCCCUUUGACUAUUUUAAGCAAAAGCCCUUGGUUGCACUUUGACUGUUUUUUAAUGUAUGUAUAGUCACAGAUUUAAAAAUCCAAAUGGCAUACUUGAAGAGUGUAAUACUCAAAACUCUCAGUGCUUCCUUAUUGUUUCUAAUAGGAUUUUUUAUUCUUAUUGGGGAUUCUUUUUGAACUUAAUGGUUGAGAGCAUCAUCUCUCUUUCUCUCUCUUGCUCUCUUUGAAUAAAGAAGUGACGUUCGUAAAUGAAGCGUGUGAAUAAAUAUGAGCUACCGUGUUCUGAGAUGAUUUGGAAGGUUGCAGAUAACGUUUAAUGUAUAUCAAGUGCAAACCUGUUCAAAUGUGAUCUGUUUCCUCCUUAACUUCCAGACCUCGCAUUAACAAAACAGAUGAUCUGAUCCCUCUGGCCAGUUCAUAUAUCCUUUUCUUUGUUUGGAAGUAAAUGAGGAACUGAAAAUGUUGUUCCUGGUCCUGUUGUGUCUGGACCAGGUAUUUUGAAUCCUGGUUUAUUUUAAGAAAAAUGAGCAGGAAGUUUUGAAAGCAUGAGUGAGUGAGCUGUUCUGAGAAGAAAACUAGGGAGUCUUAAUAUCAAUAAUAAAUAGGACUUAAACUUUUAAGUUUAGGCUCCUCCAUGCCAAAGUUGGAGUGGUAGCUAAGAUAGAUUACAGUCGGUCAGCUUCAGAUCUAUCGUAAAGUUACCCUGUGUCUCUUAAGGAAGGCAUAAAUGCUUAAGGAAGCAUCAAGUCAUUAGGCCAAUCCUUUAAAUAGUACCCGAGUUAAUGUGUUAUUCAAAUAAGCCCUUGGGAACUGAAACCAAAGCUGUACUACUAACAGACUACUAACAGUGUUCAUGCUGUUGGUACUUUUUUAUAUUUAGAGUCAGCCUCUUCAACCUCCUUGUGUUCCCCAUAUAGGACAUCAUGAAAUCUCUUGCAUUAGUAAGAUUUGGUGGCAGCUGAGCAUUGUCAAGAAGUAGGAAACAAAAGAGCAAGUGAACUGUAUCACACACACACACACACACACACACACACACACACACACACUGUUACUCAACACAUGCUCGAAACAGGUUCUUCCUGUUUCCAGCAUGUAAGACAAGAACUUGAGCAAGUUACAUAUGUAAGUGUUCCAAACAGAAUUUGCCUUUGCAAGACACAUAUUUUAAAAAGCCGUGGCAUGAGCUACUUGUACCUCUACUUUCAUUGCUUUUUCAAAAAUGUAAACAGGAUUUAGAAGUAUAAGAAUAUUCAUUCUGUUAGUAAGUCUUCAGCCAUGGUGUCAUGUUUUUCCAAAACUUUUUAAUGCUGGCCAACAAGUUUUAUAUUUGUGAAAUUCAGAAUUAAAACUCUUCAUUCUGUUUCUCUGUGAAACAGUUAAGUAUUCUUUCACAUCGCCGGAAUAUAAUUAUUUAAUUCUAACUUGACCAGUGUUUUAUCUAAGAGUCUAACAAUCCCAAAAUAACCUACAUAACGUGGAAAUGCAUAUGGAAGUUCUUACUUGUUCGGUUUUUUUAUUUAAAUUUUGUUUCUAUCCCUUCACCUCAGUUAAAUGGAGCUUGGCCUUGUGACUGUCAACAAAGAAAACUUAUAUACAUAAAACCUAUAUAGAGAAACUCCCUUUUGCUUUAGAAUUAAACUGUGAUUCAAGAGGUCUAGCAUAUCAUUUUCAGAAUUGCAGUUCUUUAUACACUCAGAUCCCUAACGCUAACAUGAAUCACAGAUUGGUACUGGAAAAAAAUCUACUUGUUCCCUCAAGGAAUUUGUCAAUUUGAAGAAAUUCUGGCCAAUAACUAAGCAUUCGGUUGUCCUAGCCCUAUAGGUGUAGAUUGUUAAUAUUUUCCUUGACCUGUCAUUUCAAAUUUUUAUUGAAUUUAUGUUCACUGCUCCUAAACAUCUCAAUACCACUCCAGUUUUCUGCAUGCUCUUAAUGGUAAACUAAAUAACUUAAAAGAGGCAUGAUUUGGACACAACAUGAAAUGCUUGAGGUGAUUCCUAGGGCCACCUUUGUGAAGUACAGAAUUUUCUGUAGAUAAGCAUAGCACGGCAUAUAAACAAAUAUGACCUAGAUGAGUAUUCAUUAUUCAAUAUUCACCAAAGUCUGUUAGUGAAUACUUCAUUGCUUUUUCUUGUAAACAUUUAUGAUUUCUGAAUAUGUAUUAUUAGAUAAAUGCUAUAACAGCUAGCAUCUGUUUACCAGCAAAAAAAAAAAGAGAGAAAUAUGGCAGAGCCCUAAUCUUCAGAAUUUUCCCCAAAAGAUGUUUUGGUUUAUGAUUAAAACAGGCUUUCAAUGCAUUCUAAAGGUUUCUGUUCAUAUUUUAUGAGAUUGCAUCCAAUCUGUUGAAUAUUCUAACAUGACUUUUCAUUUUGCCUUUUUUGCUAACAAAAUUCAUUCUCCUCACUGCAUCAAAUUAUUUAACAAAUGUUAAUUGUUUAAAAAUGCGAUUAUAGCUUUAAACUCCUAAUUCCCUUUGCAAGCAUUUUUGGGUUAUUUGUUACAAAUAGUGUUUGCAAGUAAGUGAGUAUGUGCGUGUAGCAUUAUUACUGAUGUGGCCCUCCUCAGUUUUGUAUUGAUUUUCCAGAAUUUCCUCUUUAGAUCAGUGAUAUGUAACCUAUAAAUAGCAUAUCAGAUGAUCACAGAAAGAAAUGAAUGUAACAGAUUGUAUUGAUGGGAACAACAGUUUAGCAUUUUUUCAAUGCUUCAUAACAUAUCUAACUUGAUGGUUUUAAAAAAAACCUGAAGAUACUAUGUUCAAACAUUGUUCCUCCAACCAUAAACGAUAUAUACAGAGUAUGAUCCCUGUAUGAACUCUGUGAUAAUAUCAAGUGUGUUCAUAAUUACUAGUUUCCUAAUUUGUUUAUUUUGCAUCAGUGGACCCCAAACAAUUCCAUUUGGCUGGGAUAUGCUGUAGGUUAUGGGACUGGCCAAAAGACUUGCUGUCUUUUGGUCCGCUGAAUGGAUUUUCCGAAAUUAAAAGUGCAAACAAUGGGAACCAAGUUGCCAGUUGGUGGGUGGCUGUCAAAUUCUUUAGCAGUUUUGAUAAAUUCCGAAUGUGGCAAAAGAGUUGUAUGUGUGUAUCUGUGUUGUGUAGGCCAGGUGACAUUGUGCAUUAGUAGGCAACUGACAAAACUGUAAGUGUAGUUUUUUAAAAGUAUAAAAUAAAAACUCACUUGCAUGGGAUGACGAGUAUGGCAGACACUGUAGUUUAUAGAACUUUUAAGCUGCUAACUGUUGAGAAGGAUUGACAUUUGUCUUGUCUGGUAGUCACAGGUUUGUCUGUGACUCAUGCUGUAUAUAAAAUUCAAUAAAACCUCAGAUAUUCA